AUGUCUGGAGUCUUUGAAUACACUGCUAAUCUUUUGAAACAGGGCCUGUCUGAAGAGCAGUCUGCUGGGUAUACGGAUCACCAAAACAACCAGAAUAGCACUGUUUGCCCAGUUCCAGCGUUUGCCGAUAAAGAUCGAGAAACAAUAGAUAUGCCUUCAAUUAUCAAGGAGACCAAUGAGUCGUUUCGACAUGGCUUCCCUCAUCAUGGCCCGAUGAGCGGCUUGCCAAGUUCUCUACUCUGCGACCGUGGAAUUGGCCAAGUGAACGGCAAAGGGGAAGCUCAAAGUCAUCAAAAUAAAAAGGAUCGGACGCCCCCUCUAAUAUCACCGCCUCCGUUGAAGCGUCAGCGUAUGAGCCCUAUCGAAGACCCUUUAGGUAGAGGACCAGUGAAAGAAGUCCUUGGGGAAAGGAGCCCAAAGCACCUCCUUGGUGUUAAACGCUUUCCUCGUUACGGAGACAAGCUGAUGAGGCUGAAGUCAUUGACAAAAGGCGUGAAAGCAGUCAAAUCCGCCCCAAGUGUCGGUCGCGUCGGUCUUAGCACCAGGCAAGUACACUCAGCCGAGUUCGUUGUUCCCAGUAUAUUUCCCAAAAAGAGCUAUCAGCAAACUCGCAACUCGGACAACAAAGCACCUGCUUUCCUAAACCCUAAUUCCCUCUACACUCCCGCGCGGGAUGAUGAUGAGAUGUCCAUGUCUAGUGUCGUCACUCCUUCUGUUACCUCUACUGGCUCUGGCAAGGGCGUUUCUAAAUGUCGGGUCUGCCAAAAGGGCUCUACCAAGACCUAUGACCCUCUAAUUCGAUGCCCCGUGUGCUUGAAACGUCAAUUCCAUGAGGGGUGCCGUAAGCCCCCACUCAAGGAUGGGGCCAAUUGGGACUCUUGGAGUUGUUUCGUUUGCAUCCAGAAGGCACGGAAAGGUUUAAAUUCAGUUGCACUGACACCUACCACUCUGACUAAGUACUCUCUCGCACAGACUUCCCCUCGUGAUAGAAUAGGUCCAAAUCUCCCAGGAAGUGCCAGAGCGGAUGAGGUCUCUUCUAGAACUCCGAAAGUUGCUGAGUCUCCAAGAGUGGAGAAAUCUAUGACAUCACUCUCUUUCACCAUAUCAUCUGUUACCUCACAUCAGAAGACAAGUCACUCGUCCACAAAGGACAGAGAAGCAAUUCGGGCUGCUGAACUGUCUUCAUUAGGGGAUAAUCUUCCUAAGCUUGGCACAGUAUGGGAUCGAAGGCGUGGUCCGAAGCCAGUCCCCUUGGAUGAGACUACCUUGAUGGCUUCGAUGCAAAAUGACGAACUAGACAGAAUGAUUCUUGAAUCUACAAUUCCAAAUACUUCGUCUAAUACGAUAGGACAGCCUUUUGGCUUGAGCACUGGAAAGGAUUGCUUGGAAAUCCCAAAUACUCCUACUCAGAAAUCCAGUCAGAUACAGGUCUAUAAUGCGGUUCCAAGGGAGUCUCGUCUCAAUGGGGCUGCCGCCAUCAGCCAGUCUGGCCCAGAUGACAGCUCACUAGUGUUUGAUCAAUCGGAGCCAAAGACGAGCCUUUCCCGUUUGAUGUGGUGUCCUGUGUGCCAAAAGCAGCGGAUUUUUGCGAAGCCAGGGGUCAACAAAGCAAUGUGGCAACCAACCCCUCAAAGUCUGAAACAACUCUAUGCUCCAAGCAUGUCUUGGAAUCGUUUCGGCCCAGGAGGCCUUGUUGGUGCGGCUUCGAAGAAAAUCGUUACGAAGAGGUUGCCACGCGGCGAAAAAUCUGGGUCCCUAAUCAAAUCACCACCAGAACAACUACUCUCAGUGGAUCAAGAAAAUUCCGGGAAAUCCAAAUCCCACGAUUAUGGGACUGAGGCAGAGACUUGUUCGCAAAACGAAGUACCAGGCGACGAAGCUAGAGUGGUUAAUAACGCUGGGCUUAUAACAGGAAAUGUUCUUGAAGCCAAUCAAGCUGGUACACUGCGACUUCCUGGCUGCCUCCACAAGUCCGGGACAAGACGUCAGCCAAUUAACUUCAUAUCUCCACUUCCAGAACCCUCACCUCGGCUUCAUGUUUCAAGUGCACCCGCAAUGGACGCUUCGACUUGCGAUAUAUCUUCAGCUGAUCCAUCAAACGAAUCCAUAUAUGCUCUCGGUGUUAGUGACUCCAGUGGCUCACGGAAGCUCUCUACUCCAGGGUCGGCCAAUCUCUCAGAAGGGGAAGAAACCUCUCCAGGUGAGCUCCUUAAACAUGGGAAUAAGCGAUCAUCGAGUACCAAUCCCAGAUCCUGCGGAAGCAAGGGGACCUACACCUUUCGAGAGAUGAUUGGCAUGGCCUUACUCGCCGCACAAGGGCUGCCGUUGACGGCCAAAGACAUAGGCGAUUGGAUAAGGCGUGAAUUUCCCCAUAAGUACAAAAAGUAUCAGAAGGGGAAGGCGGUGUGGAUGACUAACAUUGGUGCCAUUCUUUCUCAGACCGGCGAUUUUCGAAAAGAGAGAAAGGCUGAGUGGGGUGCGUAUUUAUGGAAUUUUGAAAAUGCAAGGACAAAACAACGCUAUGUGGCACAAUUUCCAGAAUACAGCGCCAGCGAGGACAGCGAUCUGAUUGAGGAGCAGCAUUCUAACGUGUCCUCGCUUCGGCCUCAAACACAAGACCGCGUUCGCGGUCAUGGACCUUCUCCCCACAAGAACAGCAAACGGGAAGCCAUACAAAUAGUAGAUGAUACUACACCUCCAGUUUUCAGUCAUGUCAUGCCAGGUUCCAUGGAUGCUGAUUCCCAGAAACCCAAGCCAAGCCAGCAAAUCCGCGCCAACAAUAGCACCUCUCUAUCCUCGAGGGCUUCCCGCGAGGCUGAUGACAGCGACUUCUCCCUGGGCUUUGAGAAACAGCGGAUCAUCAAUCUUGACCUAGGCCCUGAUGUGAGGCUUGAAACAGAUUUCUACAAGGCCUUCCCAGAGUUCCUAUGGCCAUCCAUUGAAUAUAUGACUCAAGUAGAAAUAGAGCAGAAAAUCGAGGAGAUCAGAAAGCGACCGUCUAGAAAAGCGAGAUUCGGCAAACCACUAGCACUCGCAAGAUCUCAUCGUCUAGAUGUACACGAUGAGCUUGCCGAUUCGCGGAAACGUUUCCGACCCGCCACGUCCGCUCAGACAUUACCACUUCCAUUCGGAAAGAAGAAGACGCAAAACAGUGACGUGGAGUUGCAACCCAGUGAAGAGGGUGGUGAUACUUUCAAAGACGUUUUCAAUUUUCCAAAAAACCCAAUCCCAAUAGUUCACGAUGGCCAGCUGGCCUUUCGUGAUGGGACACUAGUAAAUAGCAAGUUACCACGAUCGAGGGUCGUAUACAAAGUCGGCCGAUUCUUUGCUGGAGACCUACGGCUGUAGAUGACCCCUAAAGGAAGCAUACGGCGUUAUGGGAUCUUGGAGCCGGACAUAGAGCAUUAUACCUACAUUGGUGGCCUUAUCAAUCUUAUGUACUCU